CAUUUCCUGGUUAUGACACCACUAAGGCACAUCAAACAACUGAAAAAAAGAGUCAAGUCGGUGUCUCUUCUCAAACACUUCACAGGCCCGCUUGCCUUCCCCAGGACUGAGUGUGUUCCUCAGAUGCCAAAACCCUUACCUUGUGGGCCUUUUCAUUGAUUUUUUCUGUGAAUCGGCAACCAGAGAAGAGGUUUUCUGGAACAGAGGAUGGCCUGAACAGCAGAUCCUGCUCUGGAGGGACUAUUAGAAGCUGGGGAAAUGUGAACUCUCAAAAUGCAAGGUAUGUUCUGUGAAUGUUUCACUUCCCUUAGUUCCACAGAUCUUGUCAAAAAGUCUGAAGGAAGCCUUGUUCUUUAUCUGUUUCUAAACAACUGACCGCCCCAUCACUCUUUAUUAGGGGUUUAGAUGCCGAAAUUACAAUUUGAAACUCAGGUUUGAUGUUCAGAUCAGUACAGCGAGGGAAGUGAAUGCUAGCAUAAACCACAUUGGAACUCCGUUAUCUGAAUAUUUGUAUUACAGUUUGUGGUUUUUGGAGCAUGGGAAUGUGGACAUGUGCCAAGCCCUGCCUUGCACCGUGGAGCAUUACAAAAAGACAUGUCGUCAUCGCCUUGUAAAAACGCCUUUAAUGGCUUUGACAUCAGGUCAUCACUUUAUGUUGUUCCCCCCGUGGCUUUGGAAUGUCACGAUACAUCAUGCUGACAUAGAACUUCAUCAGCGCUGUCAGAAAUGGUGUUUUAGCAGCAGUUGUUAAACUUCAGCAGGUAUGAAAUUACAAACUUCAUCGGUUACAGUUUUUAGUUAUAUUUUAGUCAACCGAAGUAGUAAAAUGAUAAUUUUGCAGAGUUUUUCUUCUAUUCUUAGCAGAGUAACCUCUUGCAUCACCAAAAAGCCAUAUUUAUUUGAUAAACAUCAGGUGUCUCUGAUCAAGCUCAGACUUUCCUAACAGGAUUUUAAUCAAAAUGCACCCGAUCAGGCCAGACUGUCAUUCUCGGCCCAUGCUACCCACGUUCCCUUUGGGGCCCCGAUUUCCACAGCCGACUCCAAUGAUGAACACCCCCAACUUGUACAAUGUACCACAGCAAAUUAGGCCGCCAGUGCACCUCAAUAGUCAUGCCAAUUUUCACAAUCCCAGUCAGGUGAGUCACUCACUCCUGGAAAGCAAUCAUCCAUCAGAAAACAUCUUGAAAUGUUGCCGGCCGAAUCCAGGGCAAGGAGGGGAGUGUUGCUCCUGUGCAGGUUGUGUAGGGGACAUCGGCAGCUGUGGACAACAUGUUUUGUUGUGUCAGCUUAUUGGAAUGUCGCUUCAAGCAGGCGAGUCAGAAAAGAAAACAUGCUCACUGGAUUAAAAGUGUUUGCCCCAAGUGACAAAGUUUUUUGAGAUUGGUUUUAGGAUGCGGUCUUGGAGCAUGAGUUGGACAGGUAGAUCUGUUCUGGGGUGAUUAAGAAGCCUGCAAGCUAAGCACUGACUCUCAACUGUCCAUUUUAAAGUUCUCACCCAACUGAUUUAAAGUAUUUUUGAUAUGAGUACUUCUUCAUGCUCUGUUGUGGUGGUUCAUCUAAGUUCCAUCUGGAAAGCCCCCCUACACCCUGUCUCUGCGCCCAUGACUAGUCAGUACCUGCAGUCAGCAUGUAUUUCUUUGGGAGUGAUUUUCAUUUCACUUUAUUUGGCAUUGUGCAAGUGAGCAAAAAAACAACAACUCUUAUUGGCGUACAGCGAGUGUAAAUAUGUCAUUUUUUCUGUUCUCGCUGAAAAAGGUGAGCAUGUUCAAAUUGUACCCAACUGUCCAAACGACCCUACGGGUUGCGAAGAGAAUUUAUAAAACUUUUAUAAUUCUGAUACUAUUCUUAAUUCUGCUCAACACUUCUCAGUUAUCCCCUUGAUUUUGAUUUGGGAGAAAAAUGAGAACCGGUUGAUAACCAUCAACUUUGUUUAGUUGAGAAGUAACAUGUGUUAGAAACUAGGGUUGGACAACAUACCGGUACUGAUCAAGUAUCGCCGUCCUAAUUAGUUAAACACAAUACUUUAAUGCCUUUGAAAAAUGCUGGUACUUUUUUUUAAACUCAAACAAAUGGCCUAAAGCAGGGGUCGCUACCUGGUAGACUGCAGUCCAUUUCUUUGAGUUAGCUGAGGAACCAUUGGCUGAGGAGCCUAAGGGCAGUGUGAAAUGGGUGGCAGCAAAAAGUAGUCCGAAGCUAAUUUUGUGUACGUGGUUAUACUUGUAAAGCGCUUUUCUACCCCUUUUUAAGGAACCCAAAGACUUGUAAAGCGCUUUUCUACCCCUUUUUAAGGAACCCAAAGCACUUUGACAGUAUUUCCACAUUCGCCCAUUCACACACACAUUCACACAAUGAUGGUGGGAGCUGCCAUGCAAGGCGCUCACCCGGACCCAUCAGGAGCAAGGGUGAAGUGUCUUGCCCAAGGACACAGGAUGGUAGAAGGUGGGGAUUGAACCAGUAACCCUCAGAUUGCUGGCACAGCCACUCUACCAACUUCGCCACAUGGAAUGAAUGUCCCCUCUCAAGUGGGAAAGGAGCAUGGGCAGUUGUGAGAUUUAGAAGUUCUGGCCAGACAUAAUCGGCCUCAACUACCCGGCUGGGGAAAGGCUCUGAAACCACUCCUUUUAUAGAGCCAGCGGUGAGAAAUUGGGCAGGUGUGGCAAAUAUUAUUGCUGAAAUCCUCUUCCACGCUCCAUGAAGGCUGUUAGCCACCUUCCAUGUGAGGAUGUUGCUUUACAAUAUGUCUCGAGACAUGUUUGGGCUGGGCAUCACCUUAGCCCGCAGCUUCUAUAACAAGACUGACCAUGCUUGACCGUAGACAAGAAACCUGGUUGCCUCUACGAAGCCUAACUUAUCCAAACUAACUUAAGUUAAUCUGCGACUCAUCAGACCACAGGACAUGCUUCCAUUCAUCUAUAUCCUUCCUCAGCUUGUCUUCAGCCAACGUUUUUCCGUUUUUUGAGUCCGCUAUCAUUUUUAGAAGAGGAUUCUUUUUCGAGCAACAGCUCUGCAGAGCAAAUUGAUGCAGUACGGUCUGAGCACUGACAGGGCGAUCCUCCUUCCUUCAUCUUCUGCAGCAAUGCUGGCAGCACUCGUACGUCUACUUUACAAUCAACCUCUGGAUAAAAUGGACCAUUUUUAGGACUAUUCUAAGCGGAAGCCGCUGUAUGGUCUUGACCACCCAGCAGCAGAUCAUUGUUGGGGUGUGGGUACGUUUUACUUUAGAACUGGAGCAACAAUGGGAUUUCUUUUUUCAGUCCCAAAUCAUAUUGCAAAAAGCAUGACAUUGGGAAUCAGAAGAAAAUGAAUAAGGCACAUGAUUUUUGUUUCUAUAUAUUUAUAUAGCAAUUUUUCUCUUGAGACUUCACAUAUCUACUAUUUAUCUACAUUUUUAAGCGACAUGUAAACCAGUGUGGUCGCUUGGCCAAGGACACAACGCCACUGACAAGGAUGGCGUAAGCCGGAAUCGAACCAGGAACCCUCUCGUGUCAUUAUGUUUACAGUAAAUGUGUGUAACAUUUAAUAUCCCCUUUAAACAACAGCAACUGUCGCAUCAAUGGCCCGUGCAAAACGUCCUAGGACCACACCCUCAGCAAAUGAUGAGGGCCCCGUCAGGAAUGAUGAUGACUUCUGGGACCCCUCAAAUGGUUCCUGUUGGAUUUAUGAAUGGAGAAAUUUUGUUUGAGCAGGUACAUCCCUUAAUGUCUGCAGCACCUCCCCAAAACCUCUUCACAUCAAUUAAUGCGAGGAAGACUGAACACGUGCGGGAGCGACCGUAUAUUAAGAAGCCGCCAAAUGCUUUUAUGUUGUUUGCUAAUAAGUACAGAGAAAUAGUCACCAUGCAACUGGAAAAGAGAGACAGCGCAUCUGUUCAUGUGGCCCUUGGUAAAAUGUGGAAGUUGCUCCCGCAGGCAGACAGGGACAAAUAUUAUGAGGAAGCCGAUGCUCAGAAGCGACGCCACGCACAACUGUAUCCUCGCUGGUCCACCUGUGAAAACUACGGGAAACGCAGGAAGCGGCGGAAAAGUAAACUCCCAUCCAGUGUUUCAAGGGAUACACCCGACUCAGAACAUAUCAGUAGUAUGAGUAUGUGUCUUGAUCCAGUCCAGACAGGCAUGAUGGCAUCGGAAGAAUUAGACUCUUCUUCAGCCACGACUGGUGCAGACACUCCAGAGAGCAUGCAGUACAACUCCCAGUCUCUUUCUGCCCUGAGUUCUGACGAGUCCGAGGAUGCAGCCACUGAGGAGAAGUUUACACAGUUGCCAUGUGUCGAGAAUGACAUUCCGCUGGCUCCUGAUGGACCGACGCAGGGAGAAACUCUUGAGAAUGACCAGGCACUGAAUCUCCUCGAUUGUAUGCUUCUGUCUCCUGCGUCUCAGAUUGAACUCCAGAGUGUCGGGGAUGGCUUCCAAUUGUUCCUGGAACAUUUUGAGCCAGAGACUGUCGCAGCACAUACAGAGACUGAGGAAUCCAGAAAGCCUCUGAGUUUAGAAGAAUCACAGCAGCUCAUCAUCAAGCUAUUUGACAACCCUGCACUGACAGGGAACAUCAUGGUCGGGACCCAACAGGGUCACGCAAUAACAGCUAGUUCCUCCAAGCCUCUGAGCAAAUACAUUCAGUUACCUUCCACUGCCGAGAGAGGCAACUCCAGUCAGACAAUGGCGAUCGGGACCUUGAAACAAGAGGUCGAGGUCCAAAUAACAAUGGGACAUCUUGAAAUUCCCAACUCUGUGGCAGUCGAUGUCAAGGAUGAACCCCAGCAUCCCCUCGCCAUCCAAAGUCAGAAAAUAACACAAGUGGCCAUUGCCCAUGUUGUACAUAAUCACAUGUUAGAAGCAGAGCCGCCAAGUCUACCGAGUCGAGACAAAGCUCUCCAACUACCAUCUGGGAACGAUCUUAACUCCUCUGCUGGACACUCGUGGAGCUUUAAGGAAGAGACUCUGGCUCUGCACAGCCAGAAAAUGAGAGUGUCCCUUCAGUCUCUGAGUAAGGAAAACCUGUCUGGACAGUUGCCACAUUUCGAGUGCCUCUCCUCUGCAGAAGAUUCAAGAGAGGAAGACCUCCUCCAGUGCCUCAGCUUUGGUGACGAACUGCAAUUGUCUCCUGAUUUUAAUGCUGGAAGAUCGUGAGUUGCUGAAGUUUUUCACGUUUGCUUUUGCGUCUCCCAGGGCUGGACAUGUGGUGGCAAGGAGGGAACCACUGUUUACAUACAUUAGAAUAGUUAACAAGGUCUCUCACAGGCUUUCUGUAUGGCAUUUUUGGUACAGUGUUGCUCAUCAAAGGAGGGAACCACUGUUUACAUACAUUAGAAUAGUUAACAAGGUCUCUCAAAGGCUUUCUGUAUGGCAUUUUUGGUACAGUGUUGCUCAUCAAAGGAGGGAACCACUGUUUACAUACAUUAGAAUAGUUAACAAGGUCUCUCAAAGGCUUUCUGUAUGGCAUUUUUGGUGCAGUGUUGCUCAUCAAAGGAGGGAACCACUGUUUACAUACAUUAGAAUAGUUAACAAGGUCUCUCAAAGGCUUUCUGUAUGGCAUUUUUGGUGCAGUGUUGCUCAUCAAAGGAGGGAACCACUGUUUACAUACAUUAGAAUAGUUAACAAGGUCUCUCAAAGGCUUUCUGUAUGACAUUUUUGGUGCAGUGUUGCUCAUCAGACACUGUUGGAAAUAGUUUUACAAAACUGAAGGUGGCUUUAAGGGGGUUAAAAUAUAUAUUCUUCGAGUCUCCCCACACUACAGUUGAUAUUCUCUUGACCAUAUAUAUAUAUAUAUAUUUUGUAUUAUCAUUAGUUUUAUUUGAUUUGAUCUGCAUGUUGCGUCUUUUUUCAUUUUUAUUUUGAUGAUGUGCGACAUAAAAUCCGACAGCAUAUAAAUAAGGGUUAUCAAAUGUAACAUUUUCCUGAACUGGGAGACACACGCAGGUCAAAAUUGUAUGCGUGAAGUCAUGAAAAUGAUUUCAAAUGUAAAUGAUCAAUGCAGACUUUGAUUAAGCUUAGUGUAAACAUUGUCCUAAACUGCUACUCAUGUGUACACAUUGGAAAGUACCACAUAAAGUGAUGAAGGUCAACAGAAUGAUAUUUUUGUUUUAAAUCUCCUAGUUACAUAUAUGUUGUUAUAUGUUUAGUAAUGAAACCAUCUCUUUCGAAAACAAACAAAAAAAAACAGCGAUUGGAAGCAUCAACUUUUUACAUGCCUGUGUUUUUAUAGAAUAAGAGAUAUUUAUAUAUACAUACAUAUAUAUGUAUAUAUACAUGUAUUUUUGUAUCAAAUUAAUUUAUUGAACUAUUAUGUGUGCUUAGAGUGCAAGGAAAUUCCCUUUUUAUAAAUAGGCUUCAUAUGUCUGCCCUUCCCUCAGCAAUUAUUCUUGCCGAAAUCUUGUUUUUGUUCUGUGGUCUAGUGAGUUGUACCUCCAUUGAGGAUUUGCACACCUCAAAAAUCUGAAAAGAGGGAUGGGAAAAUUUAUCACAAUGUGGACUUUUUUUAACAACUGCAAAACAGUCUGGUUGAUUUGACCAUCCUUCUAGAACUCACUUUUACCUUCUCAGUUUACACAUGACAAUUUUCAUACUGCUGCUGUGACUGCACUUUAUGUGUACUUUUCUCCAGACUUGUACAAGUCUGUAUCAUGUAUCCAUGUUCUGUAUAUAUAUGUCUUUGUAUACAAUGUAUAUACACUUAUUUAUGCUGCUAUGUAACACUAAAAAAGACACGAAUGGCCUGAAUCAACAACCGAGUGUGUGAACAAGCCUGGAGAAUAAAAGAGAUUCUUAGUCUGGACCUGUUUGAAGUGACUCCUGAUGCAUCAAAGACUGAAUGUAAAACACUGCCUGUCACCCACACAUUAAAACAACAUUGCUACAAUAA